CUGCUACCUUCAUCAAUACUUCAUUUUCUUAGCAUUUCAGAGACUUGAAACAGACACCUGUUCAGUUUCUGAGAGGUUUACUAAAUUAUCUUCCUACUCACACAAAAGAAGCCUGAUUCCUGCCUUAUAGGAGAUCCAGGAUCUGGACAUUGCUGAAGAAAGUUCUAGGAGGAGCUGCAGCUGUUCCUUGACUUCUUUUCUUGAGACUUCAGACACAGAGGCAUUAUCGUGUGGCCGUGGUGAAGCAGACUUUAGACACGCUUGCCUAUAAUUUGAGAGAUGGUGAAUAAGUACAAGAAAAUUGUUCUUGUGCAAGGGUUAGAGAAGAUGAGUGAUUAUCAGUUUAGAAUGGUGAAAUCCUUACUAAACAAAGAACUAAAACUGACUAAAAAAUUGCAAGAAGAAUAUGACAGAAUUAGCAUUGCAGACUUGAUGGAAGACAAGUUCCCAAAUGAUGCUGGACUGGGCAAACUGAUAAACGUGUGUGAAGAUAUACCUGACAUUGGAAAUCUUCCAGAAAUUCUUAAAAAAGAGAGGACAAAAGUUAAAAAUAAAAACAAACAACAACUCAAAGCUGCAAAGAAAAGAAGCAAGGAAGAAGAACCCAGUAUUUCUCAACCUAAAUCCCCCACCAAUAAAGACGUGGACCCAGAAACGGCCAAGAAUGCACCUUCAUUAAAGAAAAAGGGGAAGAAAACUAUAAAAGCUGGAAUGUCUACAACAAUGAAGCUUAUCAAGGAGAAAAAUCAACUUCUAACACCUUCUGCUAGCAGCACACAGCAAGCUGAAAGCUUUCCUCAGACUCCUCAUAGGCCUCCACCAAUAGCACCCAGCAGUUCCUCAAUCAAGAAAAGAGGGAAGAAAAUCAUAGAAUCUGAAGACUUCAAGAGAAUGAUACUUAGUCAAGAGCAGAACCAGCUUUCAGACCCUUCAGCAAUUAACACACAGCAAGUCAAAGGCUGGCCUGAGACUCCUCACGGGCCUCCAGCAACAGCAUCCUGCACUUCCCCAGCCAAGAAAAAGAAAGGCUCAACCACAAAAACUGCCAACAUACGAAGCUUCCUACAGCAGUUAGCCAACAGGCUUCCUGAAACUUCAGGCACAAGUGGAGAACUUGCUGAGAGUCAGCCUCAGAGCUCUCACAGGCCUCCUCCAGCCUCUCCCAGUCAUUCCUCAAUCAAGAAAAGUGAAGGCCCAAGGUUGGCAACACACAGCACCUCGAGGAUACAAGUACACGACAAGGGAAAGUGUCCAGCUCAGCUGGCAGCAACCGGCCCAUGCCGGACGGUGAGCUCACCUCAGGCUCCUCAAGGGCCUCCGGCGGCCACCCCCAACAGCCAUCAGACUUCUCAAGCACAUCUAAAAUUUUCCCACGGUGUGUGGGCUCAAGGGCCUCGAGAAAUGGCCUCCAGCAGUACCCAAGUGCCUCCAGUGCCUCCAGAAAUAACAUCCAGCAGUGUCCAGAUAAGGACACCGCCACAAACCUCAUAUGUCCUCACCCGAACCCACCCGGGAACUCCAGCAGGAGCCUUCAUCCUUUUUCAGCCUCCUCAGAUGUGUCCAGCAAUGUCAUCUAGUAGCCUGCAAACUCCACCAGUGCUUUUAAGGCCUUCUGGCAAUGUCCAGGAUGUUCAGGUGGCCCCACUGAGUGGUCUCUGCAGCCCACAAGGGUUUCUAGCAUCCACAUCCAAGACUCAUCUUGACCCUCAGGAGCCUCCCUCAUCUACAUGUAGUGGUUUUCCAGACCCAUGGAAAUCUCCAGCCACAACAUCCCAGAGAAAAAGAUUGACCAAUACUCCUAAGGAACCUUCCAGGGAAGAUGAUUACCAGACAGGUCUCAAAGAAGUAACGGUACUGAAAGCAACAGAACCAUUUACAUAUGAGAUGAAGGAAGGCAAAAAAAUGUUUCAUGCCACAGUAGCUACUGAGAAUGAAUUCUUCAAAGUGAAGGUUUUUGAUGUAUCACUGAAGGAGAAGUUCAUCCCAGACAAUGUGAUCGCCAUCUCACAUUAUUAUGGUUGCGAUGGGUUCCUAGAAAUAUACCAUGACUCCUGUGUGUAUGAAAUAAAAUCCAACUCAAAAAUGGAUAUCAAGCCUAUGUUGAAGAGAAAUGCCAGUGCAACUCCUAAAAUUGACUAUCUUUACUCACAACAAAGAGGAAUUUUUGUGGAUGGAGUGUUUUUGGUGCACAAGAAACAGGUGAGGAAUGAAUGCAUUUACUAUACAGUAGGAGAUAAAACAGGGAUGAUGGAAGUAGUGGUGUAUGGACGGCUGACCAACAUCGACUGUGAGGCAGGUGAUAAACUUAGGCUCUUCUGCUUCGAGCUGGACUCAACUGCAGAUUCCUGUCAGCUAAGAUCUGUAAUGCACAGUCACAUGAAGGUCAUCAAGGCAAGGACAUAAAGGACAGCCAAACAAUCCUGAUUCAGCCAUGAAAACUUCACUAGAGUCCCUAUGAUAACCUGAAUGCCACUGACAAGGAUGUUUAUGUGGUCAAGACCUAACUACAGAAA